AUGCCCCCGAUUGGGUCAGACUUGUAUCGAUGGGUUGCUGGCAACUCUCUCCCUAACUUGUAUGCCAUCAGCGCUGCAGCUGUCCUGUCAAUAUGGUUGAUUUAUUGGUUUGGACGAGGUGUGUGGCGCUGGGCGUGGGGGAGACGCCAUGUGGGCUUUUGUCGCCCCUUCCAAUUGAAAAUGUUAGGCCCUUGGCGGCAGUUUGCCUACGUCUACCUGCCGAAGGGCAUGAGCUGGCUGGACAUCUCCCAGUACCGGCAAGCACUAGUGCUGGCUGUCAUGCUUGCAGCAAAUAUUGUUGGCCUUCGGUUGCGAACCCAUUCCUGGAGGGAAGCACAGAAAAGAGCUGGCUCUUUGGCUGUCAUCAACCUCAUCCCCUUAUGCACCGGUGUGAGUUUUGGUUUUCCGGCAGAUCUGCUGCACGUGGACCGUCACAUGCUCGCGUGGUUCCAUCGCUGGGUAGGUCGUAUAUGUGUGCUCCAUUCUCUGUUGCACUGUUCGCUGCUCGUCAGCGUCGCCAGAACCACGACCCUUGCAAAUCCACGGCAGGAUCUGCUCUCGUUCUCGUGA